CAACACCGUCUGCCCGAGGUUCGAGCUCGACGCAUCUGAGUGCGAGUCUCUUGCCCCUCGACAACACGCCUACCUUAAUCUGUUGGUGUCUCGUAUAACCAUCGUCAACCGUCACUUGCACCGCGUAGCAAUCAUCUAAUAUUUAUAGGCGAUAAGUCUGCGACGCUGGGAUUCUCACUGCUGCGGGAGCGAUUGAAUAUUCGAGGGUGCUGCGCCGUCUCGGCUGCUUCCCCAUCAUACUCUUCCGUCCUCUGUCGCCUCCUCAUUGUGACCAAAUUGCUGCGAGGUCCCUCACUGUCGCUUGAACCGUCACUCGUUCGUACACUCUUCGACACGGCUGGCCCGACUUCGGUCGCGCGACCAUCUGGACACGUAGACGCGUCUACUUUGAGCCUUACAUAGUCCAACCAUACACCUGUGUCUUGUCCCGGAUCCCGACCAACAUGGCUGAGUCCAGCGUCCGCAAAAGGAAGACCGGUAAGGGCUCGAAGGGUCAAGCGAGCAGGCAUGGUCGCACACCGGGUCAUUCGUCCGGGUCGCGCGGUGAUUACGGGAUGUUGAAGAUGGUGGCCUUGGCAGUGCUAGUGUCUCUUGUGUUCUUCGUAUAUCAAAAUUAUGGCUACAUCCAUACGCUCGUCAAAGCGUGGACGCAGAGGAAGCGUCUGAUAUAUGACUUCAAUGCAGCGAGUAAACGAGAGAUAGACUUCUCGGCGGACAUUCCGAAGCGAGACGCGGUAGUGGCUGCGUUCAAGCAUGCAUGGCUAGCGUAUGAGAGGGACGCUAUGGGUGACGAUGAAUAUCACCCAAUGGGCCAUAGCGGAAGCAACCUCACGAGCGCAGGAGGUAUCGGAUACACAGUCGUGGAUUCCAUCGAUACGAUGCUUCUCAUGGGGUUGGAUGAAGAGUACGAGCGUGCGAGAAAGUGGGUGGCAGAAGAGCUCUCGUUUGAGCGAGACGGCAACUUCAGUACAUUCGAGACAACCAUUCGCGUUCUCGGUGGCCUGCUAUCCGCCUUCCAUGUGACAAAGGACGCGAUCUACAUAGAGCGCGCCAAAGAUUUGGCAGACCGCAUGAUGCCGGCCUUCGACACCCCGACAGGGCUCCCGCUUUCUAUGAUCAACCUCGCGGAACGUGUAGGCGUGCCCGACCCGGACAACCGAGGGCUUGUCAGCACUGCGGAAGUGUCCACUCUGCAGCUCGAACUGAAGUACCUUACUAUGCUCACUGACGACAAGACCUACUGGGAAAAGGCGGAAACUGUGAUGAAAGUUAUCAACAACGCCAAAAUAGCUAGCGGCCUGUCAUCUAUCUUCCUCAAUGCCAAUGACGGCAAAUAUUCCAUCUCGCCCAUCCGUCUCGGUUCGCGAGGCGAUUCCUACUACGAGUACCUAUUGAAGCAAUACAUACAAACAAACCACACGGAGUCUGUCUAUCGUACAAUGUACAAGGAUGCCAUGGCGGCAGUGACGACACACUUGAUAAGAAGGAGCGAAAAUGAAGGGUUGAUCUACACGCAAGAGAUCGUUCCCGAGCGUAAUCGUGAAGGCAAAAUCACCUGGCGGAUGGUACCAAAGCAGGACCAUCUCGUCUGCUUCUUCGGCGGCUCCCUAAUGCUCGGAGCAGUGAGAACGGGCGCCACUGGGCAGCCUGUCUCCAUCCCGCCUCGUGUAGAAGAGCUGACAAGCGAUGGCAAACGCGACUGGAUCAACGGCGUCGGUCUCGUGAAGACUUGUAUGGAGACGCACAAGACUGCCACAGGCCUUUCUCCGGAGAUUGCACACUUCAGGAUGCCAGAUGACGAAGUGCAGACGCAGAGUCAGCACGAUUGGUUCAUCAAGGGCGCCGGCCCAGGGAACACCCCGUACGACGCACGCUACAUCCUUCGACCCGAGACCGUGGAGUCUCUAUUCAUCGCCUGGCGCCUGACCGGUGACCCGCAGUACCGCGAAUGGGGAUGGGGCAUCUUCGAAGCGAUCGAGAAGCACUGCCGGAUUGAGUCCGGUGGGUACGCGAGCAUCAUGAACGUCGACGCGUUGCCCGUCGAGCUCGAGGACAAGAUGGAGACUUUCCUCAUGAGUGAGACCCUGAAAUACCUGUACCUGCUAUUCUCGGACGACACCGUCCUCCCACUAUCAAAAUACGUAUUCAACACCGAGGCCCACCCCUUCCCGAUCUUCACGCCGGCCCUGCAGACGGGCUUCUCGUGAUAGCGCGGCUCUUGCGCGGGCGCGCUUUUCCGCAUCUGCGCGGUGUAUUGUACGACUGACAUUCUUGCAUAUGCUGCAUUCACUUCUGCAUCUGGACCUGCGUCCGUGCGCCCUUUGGCGUGAUAUCGGAAGCCUUUGACACGGUAACCCCACCACCAGC